ACUUAUAAUGUAAGCUUUAUUCAUGAAAAUUUUGUAGGCUUAGUUUGGUGAACCAACUCCUACAGGAUUUAACUAAAUUUUGCCCUCUAAUAUGAUCAUAAGCAAAAUCUAACCCUAUAAAAGCAAAGCUUCAACUCUGCUAUCUUUCACAAAACAAGCUCUGACUUGCAUCUCUACUAAUACUCGAAUCGAGUUUUUUUAAGGCAACGAAAACAAUGGAAGUCUUCAAAAGCAUUGCAAACACGACGAGUGCUAUCUUUGUUAUAUGCAUUUUGCUUCUCUUUGCAAAUGCAGCAUCUGAAAAAACUCACUACCAUGAUUUUGUUAUUCAAGCAACACCAGUGAAGAGGCUGUGCAAAACUAGCAAUGCCAUAACGGUGAAUGGACAAUACCCUGGACCAACAUUAGAAGUUAACAACGGGGAUACUCUGGUGGUCAACGUUGUUAAUAAAGCUCGAUACAAUGUUACUAUUCACUGGCACGGGGUUAGGCAAAUGAGAACAGCAUGGGCAGAUGGACCGGAAUUUAUUACUCAAUGCCCGAUUAGACCAGGAAAGAGUUACACUUACCGGUUUACAAUUCAAGGACAAGAAGGGACACUUUGGUGGCACGCCCACAGCUCGUGGCUUAGGGCUACGGUUUAUGGAGCUUUGAUAAUCCAUCCAAAAGAAGGCGGAAACUAUCCAUUUCCUAAGCCCAAAAGAGAAACACCAAUUCUGCUUGGUGAGUGGUGGAAUACGAACCCUAUUGACGUUGUAAGACAAGCAACAAGAACAGGAGCAGCUCCUAAUGUAUCAGACGCUUAUACUAUCAAUGGUCAGCCAGGUGACCUAUACAAGUGUUCCAGACAAGAUACCACCAUAGUCCAUAUGGACUCUGGCGAAACUAACCUCCUUCGAGUUAUCAAUGCUGGAUUGAACCAACAGCUUUUCUUUACUGUGGCAAACCACAAGCUUACUGUAGUUGGAGCAGAUGCUAAUUAUGUUAAACCUUUCACAACAUCAGUCCUUAUGCUCGGACCAGGCCAGACAACCGAUGUCCUGAUCAAAGCUGAUCAGACGCCAAGCAGAUACUACAUGGCAGCACGUGCCUAUGCAAGCGCUCAAGGCGCACCAUUUGAUAAUACCACAGCCACAGCCAUCCUCGAGUACAAGAAAUCGUCUUGCUCCUCCAAUUGUACCACAACUAAUCCCAUUUUCCCAUCGUUACCAGCAUAUAACGACACAACCACUGCUACAGCCUUCACAACCAAAUUCAGAAGCCCAAGAAAGGUUGAGGUCCCAACUGAAAUCGAUGAAAAUCUAUUCAUCACAGUCGGGCUGGGACUCGAGAACUGCCCAACAGGUGCACCCUCCAGUAACUGUCAAGGUCCAAAUGGAACUCGAUUCGCUGCCAGUAUGAACAACAUAUCGUUAGUGCUACCAUCCAAUUUUUCCCUGCUACAAGCACAUCACCAAGGCAUACCUGGUGUCUUCUCAACUGAUUUCCCAGCUAUACCACCUGUAAAAUUUAAUUAUACAGGCAACGUAAGCCGAUCUUUAUGGCAACCUAUUCGAGGAACUAAGCUGUACAAACUGAAAUAUGGGGCAAAAGUGCAAGUUGUGUUACAGGGGACAGGUAUCUUCACAGCUGAAAAUCAUCCAAUUCAUCUUCACGGAUACGAUUUCUACAUCAUUGCUGAAGGUUUCGGUAACUUCAAUCCGAAAACAGACACAUCUAAAUUCAACCUUAUAAAUCCACCUCUCAGAAAUACAGCAAGUGUACCCGUUAACGGAUGGACAGUCAUCAGAUUUGUCGCGGACAAUCCAGGAGUGUGGAUAAUGCAUUGUCAUUUGGAUGUUCACAUUACAUGGGGUUUGGCGAUGGCGUUCCUCGUGGAAAAUGGAGUUAGUGAGCUCGAAUCGUUGGAGGCUCCUCCCGUAGAUUUUCCUGUCUGUUGACGAUUGCAAGAAGCAACAAACACGAAUUAAUUUGAGUUUUUAACUAAAUUUGAAUCUCGCAUUGCUAUAAUUAGUUUAGCAUUUGGGUAUAUAGGAAUCAAUAUUGCAAUGUGUCCAACUUCAUCAAUACUAUACCCAUUGGUGUUACCUUAGCGUUUUGCAAUGUAUGAAAUCAUGAUAAUUUGUCUACAUUUUGGGAAUCUAUUCUUGUUCAAUGCAAAAGGACGACGGUAAGGAUAUC